CCGCAGGCUAGGCGGGGCGGGACCGGCGGCAGGAUGGCGGCGGCGAUGACGAGCGCGGCGGAGCGGGCGGUGCUGGAGGAAGAAUUUAAAUGGCUUUUACAAGAAGAGGUCCAUGUUGUUUUGAAGCAGCUGCAAGACAUUUUGAAGGAAGCCUCUCUCCGCUUCGCCCUGCCCACUAGUGGCUCAGGAGGAUCCAUCAAGCAAGAGAACUUUGUGCUGAGCACAUCAGGCACAGACCAGGUGAAAGGUGUGCUGACGCUGCAGGGAGACGCCCUGUGUCAAGCUGAUGUUAAUCUGAAAAUGCCCAAAAGUAACCAGCUCCUGCACUUUGCGUUUCGGGAGGACAAGCAGUGGAAGUUGCAGCAGAUCCAGGAUGCCAGAAACCAUGUUAACAAGGCCAUUUGCCUGCUUAUGAACAGAGACGUCAACUACCAGUUCAAAACGGGUUCAGAGGUUCUCAAGCUCAUGGAUGCUGUGAUGUUGCAGCUCUCAAGGGCCCGAAACCGGCUCACCACUCCGGCCGCGCUGACUCUGCCCGAGAUUGCCUCCGGUGGCCUCACGAAAAUGUUCACCCCUGCUCUGCCUCCAGACGUCCUUGUGAACUUCUACAUCAACGUGAACAAGCUGUGCCUGACUGUCUACCAGCUCCACGUGCUGCAGCCCAGCACAACCAAGAACUUCAAGCCUGCUGGAGGGUCCAUCUUACACAACCCUGGAGCUAUGUUUGAGUUUGGCAGCCAGCGGUAUGAAGUCAGCCAUGUCCACAAGGUGGAAUGUGUUGUCCCGUGGUUAAAUGAUGCCCUUGUCUUCUUCACAGUUUCACUGCAGCUUUGCCAGCAACUGAAGGACAAGAUCUCUGUCUUCUCCAGUUACUGGAACUACAGACCAUACUAAUUCUCCUUGGAGUGUCCAAGCCUUUAUGGUACUUGCAAUGUCUCUAUUUUCAACAUGCCAGUUAAGUCCAAGUAAGCCUGAUGAGUGCUGGGGUUCACUAUGGUAUGGCACUCCACAGGGCAGUGUCAGCGUAUCCAGAGACAUAACUUGAGCAGCCUUGUCCAGGACUGCUGCCUAAGCAGGGCACCAAGCAGUGAUGUGAAACAGCUUCCACCUUUUUUUUACACCUUCCAAGUCUCUGAUGGAUGACACUAGUCCAUUUCAAAGGAUGUGGGGCUGUGGACUGCUCUCAGUAGCUGCUUGCACACAGUGCUGUGGCUGACUGCUGCACUGUGAGUUGGCUGGGAAGAGAUGAGGGUGGAUUAAUUGAACACCACAAGAAGUGUAGGGCAUCUUGCUCCAUGUAGUGAAAUAGGUUGUUGUGUUGUGCUCCAGCUGUGGCUACGACUAGCCCUCUCCUGUCCAAGCUAUUGAUUCCCCUUGGUGAAUAUUCUUACUUGCUGCUGUUUGAAGUCUUCCUUUUUUCUUUUCUUUUUUUCCCCUGGCAUCAGUGUGACAAUAUUUUGAUUUUGUUCCUAAUCACUCGUUGGGCCAAUUGCUUCUUUCCAGGCUUAGGGUUUGGUUUUCACUGCCAGCCUUUGGAGUAGGCUCUGUAGCUUGAGCACAGCUGGACAGUCUUACAUCCUGAUUAAACCCAAAGUGAGUACCGUGUUGUUAACUACAGCUUGCUGCCUACCUGUGAAUUCUACAAUAAGUGACUGAUCCCUCUAGCCGUUGGUAACUGUGCAAUAAAGAUCCUCAGACUUGUCAUACAUA